AAUGAGGGCCAUCUUUUUUAGAUUCAGUACUUAUUCAAAAUUUACAGAAAAACUAUAAAAUACAAAAUUUGCUACCAUUUACAAUUAUGAAACUCAAAUUAAACCUGCUCUAAGUAUCUAUGAAUCCAUGGGAUUUAAUGAAUAAAUGAUAUUUAGAAUUUUCAAAAACAGAGGUCUUUCUCUUGUCUAAGGGAAUAAUGUAAAUGACAUUGGAUAAUUGAAUGAGUUAUUCAAAACUAGAUUGAAUGCAGAAACUAAGUAAAUAAUUCAUAAAAUUAAUUUAGAUAAAUAAGAACUAUCCUAUUUAAAGAUCCAUAAAUAUUGAGCCAUUCUAUUGAUAAAAUGAAUAAUUAUAUUGAUCUCUUUGAAAAAUAAUUACAAAUAAGCAAAGAAGAUAUUUUAUCUAUGUUAACAGCAUAUCCUUUAUUAAUGAGAAAUUUUGAAGUAAAUUAUGAAAAAUUCAGAAAUGUAUUUAAUACAUAUGCACAUAUAAAUGAUAAAUAAUUUGGAUAGGUAUUAGUCAAUACUCCAUUCUUAUUUUCAUUUAAUCUUGAAAGAAUACCACCUAAUUUUAGAGUUAUGUAUAAUAGAGAAUAUAAAACAAAGGAAAUAUAAGAAUUAGUAAUUAUUAAUUAUGAUUUAUUAGAUUUAAAAAACUUCAGAGUUUCUAGCUCUUAAAAAUCAUGAUUUAGAUCGAUUACUUAAUCAUUAUGAUGUUUUAAUUCCAAAUAAAGAAGUCUAACAUUAAUUAUUAAUAAAUAAUCAUAAAUUAUUACUAUUAACACCAGCAUAUAUGUUAAGUCCAAAGAUUAAUUUAUUCAAAGAAAUUGGAUUAUCUAUAAAUUAAAUAGGACAGAUAUUAUAGAUAUGUCCAAAUUUAUUUUUAAAAAGUGUUUAAACUUUGAAAUUGAAAUUGAAGUUUUUUGAAAAACAUUUGAAUGUUAAAAUAAAGGAUUCUCCUUAUUUUCCAUAUAUAUUAGAGUUUGAUUAUUGGACAAUAUUACGUCCCAGGUAAAUAUUCAAUUCCUAAUAGGGUUGGUGAUUUUAAAUAAUCUUGAAAA